AUGGCGGCCACGGUCGCGCACUCACAGGCCCUAGGCCACGGGCUGCACCCGUUACAAGCGACAGCACUGCAAGCGGCGGGUGAUGGGCAAGAGCAGCUUCAGCAAAACCACCAGGAGCAAAGGGCGUUGGACGAGGAGCCGUUUGACGUCUCGAGUGCCCGGAAGCUGUCUCCGGCCGAUUUCGAAAGGGUGCGGACUCUAGGGACAGGGACCUUUGCGCGAGUCUGUCUCGUCCGACCGUCACACGGCACCGAGGCCGACCGCAGCAAGGUAUAUGCGCUCAAGAUUCUCCGCAAGACGGAAGUAAUCAAGCUUAAGCAGAUUGACCAUGUGCGCCAUGAGCGUCAAAUACUCGCCGACGUGGCGGGCCACCCGUUCAUCACCAGGUUUAUCGCCUCGUUCUCGGAUCACGACUUUCUCUACAUCCUGCUGGAUUACGUGCCCGGCGGCGAGUUGUUUACCUAUCUCCGGAAAUUCCGGCGCUUCGACGAGGACAUGGCGCGCUUCUACGCCGCCGAAAUUGUGCUGAUCCUGGAGCACUUGCACGAGGAGCAAGGGGGAAUCGCCUACCGCGAUAUGAAACCCGAGAAUCUGCUGCUCGAUGCCGAGGGACACAUCAAGCUAGUCGACUUUGGUUUCGCUAAGCGGCUCGGGAACAACGAGGACGACCGCCCAGUCGAGACGUAUACGCUCUGCGGGACGCCCGAAUAUCUGGCCCCUGAAGUGAUCCAUAACAAGGGUCACACAACGGCUGUGGACUGGUGGGCGCUGGGAAUCUUGAUUUACGAGUUCCUCACCGGUUAUCCACCUUUUUGGCAUCACAACCCCAUCGAGAUCUACAGGCAAAUUGUAGAGAAGCCCGUCGUCUUCCCGCAAGAACCAGUCAUCAGCGACGCGGCAAAGGACAUAAUCAGGCAGUUCUGCACCGUCGACCGGUCGCGGCGCCUGGGUAACAUCAGCGGCGGCGCGGCCAAGGUCAAGGCCCAUCCCUUUUUCGCGGGUGUCGACUGGGAGGCGGUGCGGCAGAAGCGCCACAGGGGCCCCAUCCUCCCGCCCGUCAGGUACCCCGGAGACGCCCAAUGCUUCGACAUCUACCCUGAAGAGGACGCAACGCGCGACGUGUACACGGACGAGAUGGCUGCGAAGUACGACGAGUAUUUCAAGGAUUUUUAG